AUGGAGGAUGAGCUGGUGAGACGCUUGAAAGAUCUUCCAGGAGUGUGUGGCUCAGCUCUCGACACUGAGGCAUCUUUGCAGAAGCUGGAUGCCUCAGCAGAUUCCUUGCUCAGCAGCUCCCUGAAGACUUUGUCGACCUCCGGGCCAAUUGAGAUGGCUGUGGAGUUAAGACAGCUACCCUUCGCCACAGUGGCAUCGAAAAUCCUUGAGCAGUGUGACGAGCACUCUGUGCACCUCGCCCCAGCCUUGAGCUUGAAGCUUGCCGCGUGUGCCUUGGCGACGAGUUGCGUCGAUGCACCUACCGCCGCGGCAGCAGGGGGCGAUGAGUCACUCGUUCAGGUGCUGUCCUCGCCCUCUGUUCGGAGCUCCGUCGCGAAACCAACCCUGGAUAAGUCCCUCGCUCAUGCCUGGCGUGGACUGCUUGCAGCAGCGCAUCAUCAAUUUGUCAUGAGCGGUUUCCUGCCGAGCCCAGCCAUGCAUCGUAUUCUGCCACUUGCAGUGAAGCUGCUUGCAGCGUGCAAGACGGACGCUUCUGUGAAUGCUCAAGCUUCGCCACUACUCCUCUCGGCUCUAAUCCACAACGCGGAGCUGGCUUCAUUCGCCGUUGAGGAGUUGGCGCUUGUGCCGCAGUGGUCCAUAACGCAACUUGCCAACUGUGGGAGCGAGGCCUCGAAGCCAAGAGGAUCGGAGCUGUCGGUAGGCUCCCUCACUUCACUCACUUCACUCACUUCAACUCUCAUCGCGGCAGUGCAAGCGCCCUGCUGCCGGGCUGUUGAAGCUGAGGGAAAUGCGACAAGCUUCGCGAGCGCAGCUGCAGAACGCCUUGCAGCAUCGGAUGCCUUGGCCACCUCGCUUGCUGAUGGCAUGCUAAGGCAGUCGUUGCUGCGCGUCAAGGAGCGCGAGACAGAGCCUGAGGCGUGGACUUGGCUGGAGCAAACUCUAGUUGAGCUCCUGAUGGCAUCGUUGUCCCCGUGCUACGCGGGUGCACAGUGCUUGCUGUUGUACUUGGCCAAGGGCCUUUCAAAGGUUGCAGGCGCCUCUCAGCAUGCUGAACUAACCUGCGGCCAGCGCGAGUUCGCUGUACGCCUCCUCGGCCAAAUCGCAGGCCACGGCUUUCCCAAGACUCCGGAGGGUCACCCAGAAAAGAGCCUCCAGAUGCUCCAACAGGUAUGCGCAGACAGCCCAAAAGAUGCCAGUCUCGAUCACGAGCAGUUGUUGUACAAGUUCCUGCUCCGGGAAUCCACCAGUGACAAGAGCAAAGCUUGCAGCGCCGCCUUUCUCCUUUGUUCCACGGGAUGCCCACCACCAUCUCCCAAGAGGCGCAAGGCGAGCAAGGCGAGCAAGGCCAGCAAAGAGGAAGGCUGGAAGAUUGAAGCCCUCGGAAAGCUCCAAAGAUCCCUAACAUUUCGCCCCGCAAAGGGGAUGGAAGAUCAGGGAUCUCUGGCUGCCGCCGAGGAGCUCUACCGGUCACUCCUUGAGUCCGACAUCGACGCCUGCGAAGUUCCCAAGACCGUGAAAGCCCAGUUUCCGUACUGGAAGGCACGCUCGGUUGCUCUUUGGGCGCUGCUUGCGCAGCUCAAGAGCAGCCCCCUGGCCCAUGUGAGAAGACAGGCUCUGUGCGGACUGGUCGGUGCCUGCGCCUCGACUCCACCUGCUCCGAGGUCAGCGCGUGAUGCAGCAGCAGCGUUGGCAUUUAAUGACGAGUCUGCCUGGAUCAGAGCGGCCGCCGUCGAUUUUGCCGAGAAGCUCUUCUUGGGGGAUGAGUUGGGCAGCAAGGCAAUCAAGGAAGCGAUCUCCUCGAAGCUCUCGGAUCCGGCGCCAGCUGUGAGACGAUCAGCCUUCCGUGUGUCGUGCUCCAUGCUGAAGUUGCUGAAGCCCGGGAUGGAUUCCGGGGCCCUGCUCAGCCAAUCGAGCGAGCUCAUCCGCCUGUGCUGGGACGAGGUCCCUCAGACCCAGGAGAUGGUCUUCCAGGCAGUUCAGCAGGCACUGCUGCCACGCUCCUGGCCCAACUCGGCCAUAGGCCUUGCAGCUGAGCUCACGAAGCAGCAGGGAGUCGGCUCGAAGGGGCUCCAGCGUCUGCUGUCGGCACAUCAUGCUGACCUGGCUACAAAGGCAAAAGCGGCAAAAGCCAAAGAAGGGAAGGGCCCGGAGCCAGGCUUCGCCAAGAUUGCCCGAGAGAGUUUGGGGGGACUGCAGCGCGCCUUGAAGGGCAAGCAUGAUGCGGAUGCCAAUCCCUUGCUUUUCCUGGAGGAUCUGGCCCCCUGGACACUGAUUCUGGAGCAGGCCGCCUAUUUGGAGCCCGUUGCAGUGCACAGCUGUGUGCCGGUCAUGAUUGGCUGGCUUCGAGAUGCUAGCUCGAGCACAGCGCCGCUUCAACUGUUUCUGGCGCGGAGCGCCUGCCGGGUCUUGUGCUUUGGCUACAUCUUCAGUAGGUGCGAUAGCCUGGGGACCUGGGUCGCGGAUGAGGGCCCCAGCAAGAAGGACAAGGAGCAGGCGUAG